AUGAAACGUCUGGAACUCGCUUCGCAAUUGAAAUCGAGACUGAGAGGUGGCGGACACAAUCUGGCUAUCUCAAGGGGUAGGUGUUUCGGAAAAAUAUGACGCCUCAGUUGAACCAGCUAGUAAUGCUAAGAAAACAGGCAGCCAUUUACGUGUCGCAGAAACCACCGUGGAACCAGCCACUCGAAGCCCCUGACAAAAAGGGACAUUGAUGAAAGUCAUCAAGCACUGGAACGGGCCAGUGAGACUUGGCGUUCGCAGUAACUCGCUGAUGCCCACAACAAUGGCGAACGCAGCCGGAGAUUCGGCUGGUUCAAAAAUGAGGCACUUGUAUAAAAAUGCCCAAAGUCUGAUAUCGAAACUUGAUUGGCUAAACAUUUGCCCUACUGAACUGUUUUCUGAUAUUAUAGCACCCAGCAGGCUGUCCAAGAAUAAUUGUGAUAACGAAAUAGCAUUAAUUGUGUGCCAAAUGUAUCCGAAGGACAGGCAACACCGAUAAGGUUUUGACAUAAUUUUAUGUGUGAAAGAAGUCCUCAUGGUGUUGGAAGAGACCACAAAGUUUGCGUGCAACAAGAAGGCUAUUUGGAUAACCACUAAGACUACUGAUUCCCCGUUUCUCGAUGUCCUGACUAUCUAUUGGCCACCUAGGAGUGACCAAAUCCCCGACACUUAUCCACCGGUGCAGAUAUAAAAUUUCUUCGGCCGACCGAAUAUCAUGAUCAUUGGGGACUUCAACUCAUUAGGAAUUAACUGGGACACUGUUCAAGUGUCAUGCCUAAAUUAACCUUGCAAUAUUGUUUGCUAUAUAAAGCACACGCCAUGCAGCGUUUCUUUUGUGGAGACGUGGAAGACAAAGGGUCAGUUGCCUGGAUUUAGUUUCAACGAAAAACUCAGCAUGGACGAAGUUACAUCCUUGCCCCGCACGGCUGAACUGAGCGUGUAGUGCUCAUGUGGGGUUAUUCGUUAUUUCCCACUUUGAAUACUCUUUAUUGAAAAAGACGCAACAUUUGACAGGGCCACUUGAAUGAACUGAGGAGUGAUUUAUCCGGUCUCGAAUGGAACUCAGUGUUUACGGGUAAUGCUAACGAUGACUGGGAUUUGUUCAAGAAUGUCAUACUGUAGGUCAUCAACAAGCACUGCCUACUGGCGAGUGUAAGUCAGAACAGGAGGCUUUGGUGGCUAAAUAGAAACCUAAAGAAAGAAAAUUAACAGGAAGCAUAAAUUGCAGAGAAAGUACUGCGUCACUGGAAAGGUCGGAUAUCUCGACGACUACAAGACACUAAGAAAGAAACUGCGAAGCAUGGUUUUAAAAACGCGACGACAAUUUGACAAACAUUUGCUACAAAAAGCAACGCAGAACUCAAAACUACUUUACAGCUACUUCCGAAGAAAUACAAGGAACAGACACCAGAUUACCUUCAUAAGGACUACCGACGGCGUUGAGAUUGCUGGUAGCAGUGAAAAAGCUGCGUAUUUUUCACAAAUUUUCCAAUAAAUCUACACAAACAGGGCAAGGUUACUUGUUCCUUUGUGGAACUGACGGCUCCAAGCAUAAGUAAUAAACUCUAUUCCGGAGGUAUUGUCCGAAAAGAUUUGGAAUAAUUUAAAUAAUCGAAGUUUCUGGGGGCAGGCGACAUCCCACCCAAGCCAGUGCGCUUUCUGUGCUUUUGUCGAGACUCUUUCAAACGUCAUUUGACACUGGAAUACUUCCUAUCGAUUGGAAGCUGGCACAUACUACUCCGCUAUACGAAGGGGGUAGCAGGGUACCGAUGACAGAUUACAUGUCCAUAGGCUUGACAUGUAUUCGCUGCACAGUUAUUGAAAGAAUCCCAUAGAUUGAUUUGAGGCUAUUCCUGGAAGUUCACGUCUUGCUAUCGAAAGACCAACAUGGGUUAUGAAAUGGAAGAUCCUACACGACAAACUUGCUGUAUUCUCUCCAGAGCUGAAAAAGAGCUCUCAACGACAGGCACGUGGUCCACAUAGCUUUCAUUGACUUUCAGAAGGCGUUCGACACUCUGUCACACCAGAAACUGUUAUGCAAGCUGAAAAAUAGGGAUCAGCGGCGACUAUCUCAGAUGGAUCGAAAACAUCCUUGUGGGCCGACAGCAGGUUGUGUGCAUCGGCCAAGGGAAAUCAGACCCUGCUGUGGCCGAGAGUGAUGCUCCCCAGGGUUCAGUAUUGGGACCCAUUUUGUUCCCAAUGUACGUGGACGAUUGUGGAAAAGCUUUGGACUACUAAGCAGCAAUGUAUUCCGACGACAUGAAGAUAUGGAGUGUAAUUCAGGGUCCUGGCGUCGUAGACAGACUGCAGAUGAACCUAGAUCGGUUGGAAGAGUGGACAAACCGUUGGCUUCACAGCGCUGCGUUCUCCACCGGUUAAGUAGCUGUUAUUUCAGUGUCGCCCCACCAUCCAUAUAGGUUACUUCCUUGUUGUACCUCGUCCUGUAUUUACAAUUAACUACUAUAUUGUGUAUUCCCAGUUCCCAUUUCUUCUCAUCAUGCCAUAUUGCCUACCUAAAGUUUUUUUAUUCUCCUGCGCAUGGAUGGAUAUUUCGACAUGUUAACAGGUCUUCUCAUAUCAAUCUUAGUCAAAACCUCUUCCGAGUGUAUCACUACCUCAGUGUGUGCUAUCCCAGACGUCACCGGUCGUUACGCCACGAAGACAGGCUGAAGCUCAGCCUAAAUCUGUUAAAUGGUUGAUCAGACCUUUGGCCAAACGGUAAGAGUUCCAUACUUCGCCUAGGCAACCGGGGCAGAUCUACCAGCACAAGAAAUUGUUUAUUGACGGGGCAUCUGCACGAGACGUGGACGCCCAAAAUGGUCUCAGUGUGCUGAGGACAAACUCUCUAAAACAUUCGCUCAUUGUUCGGGAGUGGCAAAAAGCGCAAUGUCUGUACUAUACUCCAUUAAGUAAACAUUUAUGGGUUUUGACGAAGACAUCCUCUGUAGAAUCUUUGGAACAUUCGUGCGGUCGCAUUUAGACUACGACAUUCACGCCUGGAGUCCAUGGAUGGUUCCAGAUCCAAAUAGUCUUCGAACACUUUAAAGGAGAGCCCCAAAGUGGUAAGGGGCAAAAACUCAUUCAUCUGUGAAACCUGCCUAUAGAAAUCUAAACCUCUUAUAUUUGGGUUGUGGGGAACUGCGAGGGGAUCUCUUGCAGGUACUCCUUAUUGAGAAGGCAUUGGAGUGAAACUUGGCGUUUGAGGACUUUUUGAAUUCGCUACCACGACCAAGCUCCGAAGCCACACGUUAAAACUGCGCAUUCGCAGGCAAGACUGUAUGCACGGAAGUUCUCAUUCUCAGCCAGUGUGGUUAAACCAUGGAAUACCCUACGCGCAUAUUUUGCGAUGUAAACAACAAUAGAAAGCUUUAGAGGGAACCCUGACGUAUCUUUGUCUCCGAAUUAACAUGAGCGAUAAGAGACUCAUGUCCAAUUCGUCAUACUACUAUGAGUUAAUUUCAAUUAUUUCAGCCCAGAUUGUUCCUCUGUGCACUGAACCCAAUUUAAUGUUACAAAUAGGGUAAUCCAAGGUCCACGCCUAUUUGUCUCAAUAAACUGAGCUGAACUGAACUAAAUUCUUAGAAAAUAUUGGCAGGGUUUGGUCUCAAAUUAAACCAUCCUGAUUAGAGAAAUGACGUUUGAUCAAGCACCACAUGAUCAGAUUCUAUGUAGGCACUUACAAUCUGAGAACACCCUUAUAACUGCUAGAUUAGUUCUGCGGGUACGUGAACUCGUAAGCUUGCAGCAGAGUUGAUCUUGUCGAACUAGAAGUAUUUAACUAUAAGCCACAGCUGGAGCAGAAUAUUUCCGGGGAAAGAAACGCGAAAUUGGCCAGAAUAGUUUAAGGAAGUUAGUAUCAAACUCAUCUAAGGCACUUGGGGUACCUUUUCCACGGAGACUGGGUCAGACUGCUAACACCCUCCUAUGGCCAUUUUCUAACAUUUUUUAUUUCCGCUGGCAUUUGGAUCGUAGGAAGGGUAUAUCUUCCUCCUUGACGUACUGUUAUGCCUGUGACGCUCAACGAAUAGAGGCACACCAGAAGACCGUUUGCAGACCUCGAGUAUGUUUUUUAGAAUGCUUGCAAGUUUUGGUUGGCCGUCUUCCAUAUUUUCUCUGACUGUGCCUCCCGGAAUGCCCGAACUGUUUUUACCCCAGAAGUACUCAUAUACAUAUACAUAUACAUAUACUCCAUUUGGGACUAUCCGCAAUCGUCCGGAGAAUAAAAUAUCGACAAAAACAUCCCUGGGGAUUGAUGUACAGAGUAUUUGAACGGUAAAAAAUCUGUUCAGAUUGGAAAAGUUUAGAGAUCCGGGAAGAUUAUUAGAAGAAGAAAAUUGGCCCUCCGGAACAGGUUAAUUUAACUGCUGACGUUUCAAAGAGCUGGGUCGGCUCUUCAUUGUCAAAGCGUAAACUGCACCUAAUCGAUCAGAAAGUUAACUUAAAUUGGAAAGCUGUGUUGGCCGGCCUCAUGCUGAUCGAUUUUUCUCUCUCCUCACGCUGCGUCGGCCUCUCAGGAAAUGGUUGACGGGCGUUUUUGCCUGUGCGCUUUAUGAGUCACCACUCCGUCGAGGGGAGCUGAUUGGACUUUAGUCGGGCGGUCGGUCUGGCGGUUCUUGUUCUUCCUCACCGAGUAAGCUCAGCGUCGGGCUAUCUCCGUGCUGUCUUCUUAAGUCCGGUGUGGUUGUUUGGUCCUGAGCUCUACGGUUGUGAUGACGUAGGACUUUGUAAGCUGCAGGAAGGUCCAGAUGCCUGUGGAUAGAGUGGGCAUCGGAAAACCACGCCUCGAGAGUUAGCCGUUCUGUUUUUGUGUUGCCUCGGCCUAAGAUGGUAGCCCUCUGGAGGUCAAAAGUAUGCCCCGUUUCCCCAACGUGUGUUGCUAGUUGAGAGUUGGGGUCUAACCUCCGAGUGGCCGAUUUGUGUUCUUGUAGGCGAGUUUGCAAUUUCCGCCCAGUUUCGCCCACAUAGUUGCAGUCAUCCUCAUUGCAAUUUAUUUUGUAGAUGACUGCUGAGGUUUCAGCGGGUGGCAAUGGGUCUUUAGGUUGCAUCAGGCGACGUCGGAUUGUUGCUUGUGGUCGAUGGGCUAUGCCUACUCUGGUGGGUUGUAACAGUCGCGAGACCGCUUCAGAGACCCCUUUAACGUAAGGAAUGGCCCUCCAGACUUCGGGUUGCUGCUCAUUUGGCCGUUGUCUGGGCGCCCAACGUCUGCUUCUCUCGAUGAAAUGCCUGGGAUAACCAUUGGCUGCAAAUAGGUCCACAAGGUACAAUCGUUCGGCCCUUUUAUUUUCUGGUGUGCUGCAGUGUGUUUCGACUCUUUGGAAUAGAGUGCGGACACAACUACGUUUGUGAGACAGUGGAUGGUUGCUGUUGAAGUGUAGGAUCUGUCUCGUGUCGGUGAAUUUUCGGAAUACUGUAGUUUGCAGCUGUCCAGUGGUACACCGGCGCACAAGUACGUCAAGGAAGGGCAGUUGGUUGUUUGUUUCCGCUUCCAUCGUAAAUUGUAUAUCCGGGUCAACCGAGUUCAGUAGUCCCUUUAGGUGUUCUAUGUCGCCGUUAUCGUCCUCCUCGUUUUCUCCCGGCCUUUUCUGAACUGCAUGAUCCAGCCGAGACCCAAAUUUGAUAGGCUAUCUCGUGAGAUGUCGUCCAUCUAUUGCUCCACAACCCCAAAAGCUUCCGCUUAUAUCUUCGUGCUGCUGUAUCUGUACAUCUUUAGCGGAUCUAUUCAAUCGAUAACGCGGUCCCGCGCUAGGAAAAAGUCGAGAAAAGUCAAGCGAAACGAUCACGCCAAAACGGACUUAUCUGUCAACGCCGUCCAGUAAAGAACAGAGACAGUGGGUGAAAACUCACUUUGAGAGACCAAAAAUCACACCAGUUUGAGUCUCCGCGUAACCGUUACAUAAACAUCACCUUGAACAAAGGUGAACAAAUGUAAUUUUAAGAAAUGCUUAACAAAUAUAAUAAGUAUAAAAAGUUGUGUAUAAGCAAAAAUAUGAACAACGGAUGCUACACAUGCUCUCUUUCUUCGGCAGAUUUAUUCGGCUUCCUUUUUAGUAGCGGGUCGACUUACCUACCAAGGAUGUUUACCUACUUGAAUGAGAAUAUCAAUUUUCAUAUGGCGAUGGAUUUCACCGCAGUGUUAAACCAUCAAAACCUGAGCGAAAUUACGAGUGCGACCUCCAAUCAUCGCCCUGAAACCGGUUCAAUUUGGAGUUUACAUUCAGGGGUACUUUCCAACAAAUCAUCACUCAUUAUUUUUUUUUCAAAGACGUGCAUUAUUCCCAUUGGAACAUGGGGCAAUAAACCCAUUAGCAACUCUGACCGACAGUCAUUAUUUAUUGAAGAAGGAGACACGACCGCUGGGACAAGAGCUUUAUUAGCCUGACGUUUCGGAUUCCCGCUCGAACCCAUCAUCAGAGACGAAACAGAUGGUGGAGCAGGAAUCCGAAACAUCAGACUAAUAAAGCUCUUGUCCCAGCGGUCAUGUCUCCUUCUUCAAGACUGCUUCCCGGGACUCGUUUUUUCGCUUCUGCUGGCAGUCAUCAUUUAGAUACCGACGUCAUAUUCUACGGCCAGAAGCGCAAAGUUUACCAGUUUUCCAAAUCCGGUUCCGAAAGCACAAAGCGUGGUGUAUAACGAAAUAUAGAAUGCUCAUAUCAUUGCAUCCGAACAGUCAUAGCCACUCAUCUCCAACUUGAAAGCAGCACCCCUAGAGUGAUGCAGUGUACAGCAUUAGACACUAGUAGAUUUCAUCUACAUUAGGCGUAAACCGAAAAGCGACUAACAAAAGAUCCCACUCUCUCUUACGGAAAUGACUGUAAGCCGUCAUUAAACGUCCUAGCCUAACCGGCGGCCACUGUCGUCUCAGAUGGCAAUUCGGAGUAUUGUACGCAAUAGGCUCCUCAAUCUGGUGCAUUCCAACCCAUUUUGCUGACUGACACCUGGUAUAACUGUUGUGGCGUUCAACUUACGCCCACAUUCCUAGUGGCCAUUGCCCGAAUUCUUAAAUUAUUUCAUAAUCUCUGAGAAGUAUUUUGCAAAUGGCGUUCUGACAACGUUUUUCCACACAAAACGAUCUCACCUCUAGUAAGAUUCUAUCAUUAUGAAGUCAAGGCAUUUGGGUAUAUGGUGCAGCCCAGGUCACUGAGUCUAGUUCAAGUGUUUUCAUGCGUUUGGAAUGGAAGCAUCAUGGUAAAAUAAUCCUUUUUCAAUACGGUGAACAUUAUUCACCAAAUGUAUAUAUUUGUUUGCGCCAAUUUUUUGGGCCUCUGUUGCAUAAUUUCUUAAUCUAGCUUACAUUUUUGACAGGUUCUGACCAGGCGCGUCAGCCGGAGACAGGUGAGGAGAUUUCAUAAAACCCAGUAUCACUCUACAGAAAUCAGUUUCCUUUAACAACUCUGGUGGGCAUUAAAACAAAGGUCACUUAGGUUAACGUGUAGUUCGAAGCGCUUAGCUGCAUGCCCCGAACAAUAAGGUAUAAUCGAGGGAUUUUGGUUCAUGAGUGUUGAAAGAAUACUUUGCAGCUAGCAAGGGGUCGAGGGAGAAUAGAUGAUUUAAUUAAGGACCAUGCAUCUGCGUUAGUGAGGCAAUCAUAUCCUCGGUCAAUAUGCAUAAGAAUCCAAAAUGGAAAAACCUGGGAUGUGACCAAUAGAGCGGGUAAAACUAUAUCCGGUCUACCGGUCAUCUGUCACCCAAUAUAAGAAAAUAUAAGGAGGAAACCACAGGACGUGUAGGAAGUCUGACUUAGUCUCAAUGGGCAAGAAUUGCCACGUGUGCUAGGUGACUUUAAUUUCAACUUCUUCAAUCGAUUAUGUCCGAUUUGGUGCCUACUUUCAAAGGAAUUAAUCAACCGCGGUCACAGAUAAUAAAUUACUUUGCAAGUCGGUCAUUCAGCUUCUCGGCACGCAGAUAUCAGAUCGGUUUUAUGCUUGCACUACCAACAAUCCAAUGUCAUUUUGUAUCUUCGUCCUUACCUCAGAAGCGCAAGCGGCGGAUUCUAGGAGAUUUCAUAGACACUCAAGCUGUAUGACUGCGAAGCCAUGAUUCUCAAUGACUUAACAAUUCUGCGAUGUUUGAUACAGGUCUGAUAGAAGAUCUGAGCAUUUUAUCAUGGAGUCUGCUUGAAUUAUAUGAUAGAUGUGUACCCCAGAUUAUUUUGCAACUAACACUCCUCGCUGCUUUGACUUUUUGUUCAUGUAAGUUCGUAUUGGUGUUCUAAUCAUUGUUACAAAUCUUUUGUAUGGAAAAGCGACCUCGAUGUCAUAUCUCAUAUUAUAUAAGGUGUCUCACAUGCAUAUCUGAAGACCAGGGUGGAAAAAAGACCGUUUUAACACUUAUUUCCACGUAAAUUGGAAUAUCUCAAAUCUAACUCUUCAGAUUCCCUUGUUCCCCACUUUCUGCUCAACAGACUAAAAGUUGGAACGUCAGCUGCGUGACUUUUCACUUGAUAUUUGUCCGUUCAUCUAAAAAUCACACAAAUUUUCCAAAUGCCUUCAAGGAUGAACUAAGCACAGACGCAGAGAGAGAACCACUUUUUUAAGUGGUCUGAACCCUGUCGAAUCCGUCGUAAAAAUCUUCCGUCAUCGGUCCUCCUUUAAGUGAAGUCACGAAAUCCCCCCCUUGCUAAAUGACAAAAAAUCUUCCUCAUUGAUCACACUGGCAAGGCAGAAUUAUUUAGCGCACUCUUUGCAAAACACCUUACUGCUGAGUCCGAACCAGUCCCUUUCAUUCACUCGAUUUCACAUAGGACACUGAGUACAAUCUUUGUCUCCUUAAAAUCUAAUUAAGAAAUGCAUAACUUCUUUGAAAAAACGGAUGCUGCUCGGUAACGGACGGAAUUCCAAAUUCGAUUAUCAAACAGACAUCCGAACUUCUCAUAUUGCAUAAGGGAGUAAAACCCGCAGAAAGGUAGGAGACUGUUCAAGCCAGAGAGGUGAUAUAAAGGUAACUUAAUCUAUCAAACAAAUGCAUGCCGGCCAGUGUUGGAAGCCCCAUAGGGUCGUUUUUGAUUCAUUUGAGUGAAAAAAUUCGACCAAUGAGUUAUCUAGAUAUGCCAUUGCGUUGUGCCGUGUAAAUUAAGAAUACUUUGAUUGCUGGUGGCAAAAACCGGCAAUGUUUAAAAUAUAACUGGGUAAAAAUCAUCUAAUAGGUCUGUCGUCUGCGUUGCUCACAGUCGCCGUAGACACACACAAGCUCGCAGUUUCUAUAUAUCAUCAUUUCACCAUCAUGUGUGAGUAAAAAGGUCAGUUUUGGACACUUUACGCGCCCUUUGCAGCGCUUUUUCAAAUUUUACCGGUUGCAUAUGCAUUCAAAUAUGCUCUAUGUCCUUCUCGGCAUUUAAGAAGUCCUGGUUCAUUAUACCAAGUUUCUCACCAUCUCUCAUUUCCCCAGCUUCUACAGUACAUGUAUUGCCGCCUAAGUUCACCGCCCUUACCCACAGUGCGUAAUCUGCCAUUCAUUUAUUUUGUCCGUAACUGCCUUUAUCUAUGCAUCCCUUUUGACAUAGGCCAUGAGAUAUGAAGGAUUCUGGAUUUUGAAGUAAAACUGAUGUUCUCCCAUCUGAUCCGUGUUUAAUGUUAAAUUUGUUCGUGUUUUGGUUGCAAGAGAGAUCCUUGCGUUUUAUCGCUGCAACACUGUUCGCCAGCUGCAAUUUUAUUAAGUCGACACCUCUCUUCACAGUGAGUUAAAUGUGAAUGGCUUAUGCGAACGGGUAUGCGGCAGAUUCUGUAGCACUCCCAUAUUGACUACGCCUGUUUGAGAUGGGCAGUGUCAGAAGCAGUUUUGAGUACGCGUCAGCCAGACGAGCACCUGACUACAUACUGGCAUAUGACAAACGUGUGCAUCAGUUGUGGGCGCCGUCGGGGACAGUCUGUCCCAGCAUCUAAGGUUCACUACCCCUCGCCUCCAGCAGUCAACAAAUUUUGCAACCACUAAGUGCAAAUACGCACAUACACACAUCGGCCUUGUGCCGCUUGUCGAGGACAGACGAAUGUGUUGGCAAGUUGUGUGGGUGUCCUCUGGUCUAGACCAGCCGAUAAGGGGACUUGCCUAGUAAAAUAGACUGUGUUGUACAUGUAACUUCCAUAUCGUUGAAUACUUAGGCCAACCACGUAACGAACUAGACUCGGCCAAAAAUCCUUGCUACUAGUAAAGGGUCAUUCAGCUGCUUACGCAAAGUUAUCGGGAGGUGAUGUUCUACCAGAAUAGCUAACAAUAAGUUGAUGCAAUGUCACUAGGGUCUGCUCGCCAUAGCUUUCACGCGCACGACUACCGCCUGGGUGGCGUCUAAACCCUGGACCUCCCUGACCAACUCAAAACUUCUGACCGCGACUCCUUUUUGCAAUCCGACCCAAUCACAAUCAUCGGCGCUUCCUCCCCCGUCCCGCAGCCUCGCAUUUGACUUCUCAGUUUUUCUACUAUAUUCCUUUGGUAUUCGAAACUUAUUAUUUCUUCAGAUCACCUUUUACACCAAUCCCUAUAAGUCUCUGUGUGUCAAUUUCGCACACCAGGGUGAUAAAACAUGUCUUUAGGGUCGAUUUUCCCUUUCUGGCAUUCACCACCUUCCGCUUAUACCUGAAUACAAAGCAUUCCCAAUGGUCUCCCAACCUCGACCGCAGGUAUACGUCUAUCAUCCCGCAUCACUACUGCGCGCGGCCAGUCAACUCCCCUUUUUUUUCUACAGUCUUCGUCAACCAGUCUUCCAUUAUUUUCAAUCAUUUCAUUCCUAUUUGUCAUAUUGCGUUGUUUUUGGCCCAUUGUAGGUCAUCGCACAGCUACUACACUAUGAUCGAACACUGUUCAAAGCGGAUCAUCUCUAUUUCCUUCGUUAUCCUCACUAUGUAAGUUCCUCGCACUGUAGUUUACUUUAGCCUCUCGACAAUCGUGUUCCUUCUUGAGGACUCAAUCUCCUCUGCAUUGCGCAAACAGAAGGUACGGAUACCCCUGGAUAUCCCGUGUGCUCCUAACCAGGCCUUCGAAUUUCUGACUGGCUGUGUCGCAUGUGAACAAGCUGUGAGUGGACUGACAGUUCCUCGUAUUUACUUGAUUGACAAAUACUGGUCUUUCACCAAGUAUGGUUACUCCUGCUGGGUAUCCGAUUUUGCGCAUUUAUGUCGAUUUGUGCCAGCUAAAUCCUGCCGUUUGAGCGGUCGCUUUUGCCCUAUUGACUCUUUACCGGGUUUCUGGGGCAUCAUCAUGUGUUUCUUUUAGGCAGCCAGAUCUAAAAUUUAACAACUUUUAAAUGCAGUCCUGACUGUGCUACCUUUUCUGAAGCAAGACAUGCUUUCUGUCAGUUUUUACUUGUAUCCUAGGGUAAACAGACGUCUUUAGUUAGCACAAUCGUUUCCUAUUCUGGAAGGUUGGGACAGCAGGUCGUGGGAUCGAGCCCCAGGUGUUCCAGACUUCGGGGUUGGGUAUGACUGGCUGACGGCGGUUAAGCCAGAUAUGGCCAUCCAUUCUCCAUAGUCUUUGUCGAUAAUGCUAUUCAGCCUAUAUUAUGCGCCGCUGUGGGUGUGCUGGUUGGGCUCGAGAGAGCCCUUAAGGCACAACGGGACGAGUGAGUUCCGUAAAGAAACUAUCUUUGAGCGCCCAUCUACCAGCCGAUCAGCUGCCGUUGCAUGUACGAAUCACGCUCGACUGUUUGGCCGCGUCGGUGGCUCGAUGUCUCGCGUCGGUUGUGUGACCUCCGGCAGGCGUCUUCUCCCUGUUGUGAAGGUGACAACUGUUGGAGGAGCCGCGACCCGUUCGCCACUGCUGUCGGUCCCGUCUGGACUGACUGGAACCUUGUACGUUGUGACUGGUAGGCUGGAUGAAGAUUAAUAGUCCUGUUGAUCGUAUCAAAUGAGGACCAACUUUCGAAUACUAGACGCAUCCUCCAAUUCCGAAGCAACCACCCUAUUGGUCACAAGCGCAAUUGUAUCAGAACUCUCUUCCAACGGAUUCAAACACACUGUAGUGACAACGAAAUAAAGGAAGAAGCAAAACACCUACGUUCUCUAUUUACAGACAAUGGGUACCCACGAUCCUUCAUCCGUGAUUGCCGACGAAAGCCUCCCCGUGAGCAAUCUAACGGUGAGAAGCCGAAGUUAGGGCUCGCGAUCCCCUACGUGAGGAAUGUUUCAGAGGCGACAGCUAGAAUCCUGAACCAUUUUUGGAUUGGGGUGGCCCGUUAACUGGAAUCAACUAUCAGGCAGCAGAUUAUGAGGCCCAAAGACCCACUACCGGCAACAGAACAGUCGGCAGUGAUCUACAUCAUACCGUCCCAAAAUUGCAGUGCGAGGUGUGUUGGUAUGCUGCACAAGAGUGCAUGAGCACCGGCUUGCAGUCAACCGCGACGUAGAUUAUCACUGGUAUAUGACCACAUGCAACAGGAGAAACACAGUUUCGCAUUUGGGGAAGCAAGCGUCACCGGUUGAGGCAAUAACAAGAUGGCCAGGCUGGUGCUCGAAAGUUGGUCCUCAGUUGGUACGAUCAACAGGACUAUUGAUCUUCAUCCAGCCUACCAGUCACAACGUACAAGGUUCCAGUCAGUCCAGACGGGACCGACAGCAGUGGCGAACGGGUCGCGGCUCCUUCAACAGUUGUCACCUUCACAGCAGGGAGAAAGAGCCAGCCAGAGGUCACACAACCGACGCACGACGUCGGCUCACUGACGCGGCCAGACAGUCGGGCGUGAUUCGCAAAUGUAACGGCAGCUGAUCAGCCCACCCGUUUAUGAGGUGAGGGCUCACGGGCAGACAAACCUUGCAGCAACUACGACAGCCAGGCAGGGGACAAAGGUCACAUGAGUGCGCCAGCGGUCGCCCACGUAGAAAACAAAGCCAAUCCCAUUGCAGAAGGCAGACAUUCAUCCAGAAGAUCCAAGGCCUUAACUGAUGAGUGUAUUCUAUCGUUUUAUGCGGUUGCCCUGUUUUCCUGAAUACCAGAUGACCUGGCGAUUGAGAGCAUAACCCGACACCUGCAAGAUAAUCUGACCAACAUCCCAAUCCAACACGUUUCAGAGAUGCUUAGACUCUCUAUUAAGAAAUAAUGCCCAUUCGAUGGAAAGUUUUAUCAACAGGUUAGGGAUACACCAGUGGGCUCGCCAAUAUCAGGUCUACUCGCAGAAUCGGUACUACAAGAACUGGAAGAGGAAGUUAUGCGAACUUUUAAGCAAAUAUGUGGUCCCGAUACGUAGAUGAUACGUUUGUUAUCAUGAAAACCUGCGAAAUUGAUCAAUUGCAUCUGAGUCUGAAUAGCGUUCUCCCAGCUAUCAAGUUUACUCGCGAAGAAGCAACGGGAUGCAUCCUCCCGUCUUCAAACGUUAUUAUACAAACACUUGGUGAUAGGGACCUUGCAACGAGCGCCUACUGAAAAGACUCCAAUGCUGACGUCAUUCUUCACUAUAAAAGCAACCAUCCUGCGGCUCACAAAAGAAGGUGUCUCCGGACCCUUUUCCACCGGACCAUUCGUUAUUGAAGCAGCGAUGAUCUUCUUAAGAAAGAACUCGCCUUCAUGCGUGGGUUAUUCCGGCUCAACGGAUACCCUGUCAGUUUUGUGAAAACCGUCUCAGACAUCAGGGACAACCACAAGGCGUUGGUUCUAAUGAGGGACCAGAACUACGGAAAUUCUACUCUUUGCCCUACAUGCAGUGGUUUGGCAUCUUCAUUGCCCACAAGCCGGCGUCCUCCCUGCGCGCAACACUAUUCUGAGUAAAAGACCCCUUACCCAAAGAGCAGCAAACGAAUGCUAUCUACCACAUUCCGUGGGCUAACUGCUCUUACGAUUAUGUUGGUUAUACAGGCCGACGACUUGGGACGCUCAUUAAAAAACAUUAAAUAGCUGUCCGCCAACGCCACCCUUUGUCACUCGUGUUCGCGCAUGCCCUUGAAUGCGACCAUCGUUUCAUUUGGGAAGGAACUAAAGUUGUUCCCAUGGCAAACACCAGACAGUCUCGAGAAUUGCUCGAAGCCUGACACUGACACGACCGGCAUCAAUCUCCAUGUCGAGCUGAACGCUCAUUACGAAGGUCUGCGUACCCGGCUCACAGACUUGUGCCAACGACCUAAUAACAGCCGUUAAUCCCAUACACUGGGCCAUGCCGAAUCUCACUAUUUCGCCACCCCCUCCCUCAGACACAGCGAAUCGCAACUGCAAUCCCUUACACCUCUACGUUGGCUCACAGACCUCCGUCCCCCAUGCUGGGUCGACAACCUUUAAGUCCACUGUCUGCUGUCCCAUUGAAUCACCAUCCCCCCUAACUUUCAACACAGGGAGCUGCAACAGUUCCCCUCCCCCGCCCCAGAUCCUAGCCUAAUUAUGUGCCCACCUCUUUCAUACACCAGUUGCUUGUCUGUCAGUGGCUGUCCUGUCGUGCCUGCUAACCGAUUUAGUCCGAUCAUUUCACUUUCUUUUCUGUUUAUUUCGUCUGACGACAUGAGCACAACUCAACUUUUUCCGACCAGCCUUCUAUCCCUAAAAAAAUCAUAUCCCGGAGACUUAACUGCAUGUCCUGCACAGAGUAAUUACUGAAAUUAUUCACUUGAUUAUUCUCUAGAGAUCAUAUACCAGAGGCCGCAUAGAGAACUCUGGGGGUCCCGCUGAAGUGCCGAACCUCAUGCAGCUGUGUCACGCAGCGGCAGAAUAUCGGCGAAAUACGUGUUUGGGCUUUUAGUUAGCAUCUAUGUCGGGAGUGCGAUAUAAUACGUUCAAUAUACAUAUAUUUACACAAAGACUUUCACAACUUUUUCAUCUUCCUAGGAUAAGGACCCGAGCUGCAAGCCUACUGGUUAUAACACUCGCAUCAAAUGUGAAGGAGCAACCGUCUCGAGCCUUGUUUCUUGCAACCCAGCAGAGUUCGGUGACCGAGCCCUUGAGAGGCGUCACUUUUUCAUUUUCGAGUGCCUUAUGGCAGUCAUUGGAUUUGUUGCCUACUUGCUCGUUCGCCGACAGCAGCGCUUGUUGGACAGACAAUUAAUAGCUCGAAUCAAUAAGCAGAUCUCAAGCUAA